CGGAAGUUUAUUUGUUGCGAUGUUGUUCGGAGAUGAUAAAUUUAAAAAAAAAUCAUAAAAUAGAUAUGUUUCGGAAAACUUAUUAGAUGUCAAGAAAAUGUCUUUUCCAGAUAUUCACACUUGCAUUCAGUUGACAGCAGAAAAUGAAAAACUGAAAAAGAAAUGUUGGAAACUGAAAAUUCAGAGGGACGAUAUUCAGUCGGAGCUGUCAAAUCUAAAGCAGAAGUUGCAGAGGGAAGAACUGUUAAAGAAUUACGUCACAACGAGAGAUUCUUCGACGCAAACAGAAGGAAACAGAGUGUUCCAGCCAGCAGUGGCGGUGAAGAAAAAGGAAGAUCCAUCAUUUAAAGCAGAUGUGGAACAGACAAACAAGCUCCUAUCACUACAUAAUCAAAUGAUGAGAAGAUAUGAAAAAGAGGUGAAGAUGAAUAUGCUACAUGUAGAAACCAUCACAGAUUUAAAUAUUAGAAUAUCAGAACUGGAGCGACUGUUAAAAGAAGAGAAAAACACAAGAAUGUCCUUAGAACGACAGUUAAUGAAUCAACACCCAAAGAAAAAGUCUACAGAACUGCCAGCACCAAUGGAAGAGUUGAAAUCAGGAAUAAAAACAAAAUAUGAAAAAGUAGCCAAGGAAUGUGAAAGAAUGAAAAAAGAAAAUGAGAAACUCAGGACGGAAUUGAAGGGAUUAGAUUUUGGAUUCUUUGAAGAAAUAGAGGACCUUAAGUUUGGCCUGAAGCAGGCAACAAAACUUAACAAGGAGUACGAAAGGACACUCAGAAAAGUGUGCAUUCAGUUCGGUGUACCAUAUCCUCAUCCUGAGAAAUGUUUAAAGGAAACUUCAUAGCAGUGGAGGUAGAAUUUGUGACAAAAACAUGGCAGGUGUAAAAACAGGAUUGUCCCUUCUUUAUUGUGAUAGAUGCUACAUAGUCUUUCAGUGUAUACAAUGUUCAUUCAUAAUGUAGAUAUUUACUAGAUAAGAAUGUGACGUUUUCAU